AUGGUGAAUACUCGCAGCACUACCAGGAAGAAUCUGGAACGUAAGUUAGAAGAUGAUGAGCAGUUGAAGAACACGCAAGUUGAAAAUAGAGAAAAAGAAGAACCGAUAGCUGCAUCGUCUAAAACCGAGAAGACAAUUACUUUAGACGUAGGUAGUGCCAUAAAACCGGAACACCGUCAAAAUAUGUCGACUUCACAUCGUUCUAGAAAGUCUUCAGCAGCGUCAUCUUUAGCAGCAAAAAGGAAAAGGCUCGAAUUGGAAGCGGCAGAGGCGAAGGCUCGGCUACAAAUGAAUAUCAUUGAUAAGCGGUUGGAAGCGGAUUUAGCUGACCUACAAGAGGAAUACAGUCCACCGUCGGAGUCAAGUAUUCUGUCUACUAAAAGGCACGAUGUCGAGAAGUGGAUGGACCGCAGUCAAGCGGAUCUGAAAGCACAGUUAACCCCUGAGAAUAAUAACGGUUUACUGCACCCGCCGGUAGAAGAGUUUGCCGGCACUUCUGGAUCAGUUCAGCAACUGACUGCGGCACUGAAGGAUCUAACCACCUCAUUCAUCACCACCAGACAGAACCCUAAUCUGCUCAGCCGCAUCAGUUGGUCAGUGCAUGGCAGAGUGCGCGCGCCACAUGGCACCAGCGCGCGCCAUGCCAGCUUGCUGCUCACCGCCGCCCCGCGCCCACUGCACCCCCGGCGCUCCCAGCACGACCACGCUCGGCGCAUCCUGCAGGAGAUGCAGGAUGAGCUGCGCCUGUCGUACAACAUAGACUCGCUCGGAGUGGCAGGUAAGCCUCGCGAGAACGCGGAGGACGUGCGCGCGGUAGCACUGCUGGAGCGGACCGCGACUUUCGUCAACGGCAAGUGGGAGGUAGGCUUACCUUGGAAGGACGAACACUGUAAGAUGCCAGAAAGCUACCCCAAUGCUCUGACUAGACUAAAAGGAGUCGAAAAGAAGAUGGCGGCGAACCCUGCCUACGCCCAAAGGGAGAAUAGAGUCGCCGUGGCCGGGGACAUAAAAGAUAUGUUCUUAAGAGUUAAAAUUAGAUCUGAAGAUCAAAACGCAUUGAGGUUUCUGUGGAGGGAGGACCCUACACAGCCCGUAAAAACCUACGCUAUGACUUCCCUAAUUUUCGGGGCCAACUGUUCCCCAUUUAUCGCUCAAUUCGUAAAGAAUUUGAACGCAAAGAGGUUCACAUCUACUAUGCCGUCAGCUGUUGCGGCCGUAUGUGACCAACACUUUAUGGACGACUACUUGGGCAGUUUACCCGACGAAGACACCGCCAUACAAAUGGCAUGUGUAAGUGCGAGUGAGAAGGCAGCCGGCGGCGGAGCGUGUGCGCAACACGUGCGACCCACUCCUGCCGUGUCCCCUUCGCCCCCCGCCGCCGCCGCCACCGUCGCCGCGGCAGCUCCCUCCACGUCGUCCGUAGCUAAUGAUGCGUUACGCAAAUGCUACGAGUCGCCUACGCCGACGAUCUGUGCUACGAACAUAACGGUAAACAGCAUUCCAAGCGAGGGAGGUUAUAAAAACCUACAGAUGCAUAUAUUUAGCGAUGCAUCUACAAAGGCAAUGUGCGCGGUGGCUUACUGGCGUUGGAAUGAUAACGGUAAAAUAUACACUUCGUUUAUAGCAAGUAAAUGCCGCGUUGCGCCUGUAAAACCAAUCACAGUACCGCGAUUGGAAUUACAGGCGGCACUACUGGCUGCUAGGCUUGCAGACGUGAUACAGAAAGAGCAUAAAAUGACUACAAGUCAGCGAUAUUUUUGGUGUGAUUCCACUACGGUGUUACAUUGGAUAGGUAACAGCUUACGAAGAUAUAGCACCUUCGUAGCAAAUCGUUUGGGUGAAAUCGAUGAACUUACACGCGCGGACGAGUGGCGGUAUGUACCCACCAAACUUAAUGUCGCCGACACAGCAACGAGGGAAGCAUAUGACCCUGCUAUUUUUGAACAUGAAUGGUUCAUGGGACCUUCAUUUCUACAGGAUGAUGAGUCAUCGUGGCCACGAGACUGCACGAAGCCAGAGGUGCGCGACGAAAACCUGGAAUGUGUAAAUAUAAUUACUCAUUUAAGUGACACGUGUCACUUACCUGUACCUGAUCCGGAGCGGUUCUCCUCGUGGUUAAGGUUGCAGCGAUCGACAGCCGCCGUUAUGAAGUUCAUCGGUAAAUGCAGGAAGCAAACCGAUGGUGACUGGAGAUACAUGGAAGAUGCGGAGCGUCUAUUGCUGAAGUAUGCUCAAGCCGCGUCCUUUAACAGAGAGAUUAUUGCUAUACAAAAGGGCAAACCUUUAGAUAGAAGCAGUAAGCUACUUACCUUGUCUCCAGUCAUGGACGAACAUGGGUUACUCCGCGUCGGCGGUCGGAUCGAUGCAGCAGCAGAUGUCAAACCUGAAACAAAACAUCCCCUGAUCCUCGACGGGCGGCACCACGUGACCAGGUUGCUCGUGCGCCGACACCACGUGGACGCCGCGCACGGGAACCAGGAGACCGUCGUCAAUAACCUGAAACAAAAAUAUUAUAUAAUUAGAUUACGGCCUACCGUGAAGUAUGUUACUUCUAAGUGCAUGCUUUGUAGGAUUAAAAGGGCCAAACCAGAAAUACCCAGGAUGGGAAACUUACCUGCAGGUCGUAUGGCCCACCACCAGCGCCCGUUCACGCACUGCGGAUUGGACUUAUUUGGACCAAUGGAAGUGACGGUAGGGAGAAGGCGAGAAAAACGAUAUGGAGUAAUUUUUACUUGCUUAACUGUAAGGGCGAUUCAUUUGGAAAUCGUACACUCCCUCACUACAGACUCACUUCUAAUGGCACUUCGGCGCAUGGCAGCAAGACGCGGCUGGCCUCUCUGUCUUUAUUCAGACAACGGCACCAAUCUACGUGGAGCCGAUAACGAACUGAAAAGGUCCACACUGGAGCUCGAUAAUGAGACUCUGGAAAGAGCAGCGUCCAACAAGGGCACACAGUGGAAGUUCAUUCCACCCGUUAGUCCCCAUUGGGGUGGGGCAUGGGAGAGGCUCAUACGAAGUGUCAAGAUAUCCCUGAAGACAAUCUUGUCCGAGCGCGCUCCAAAGGAUGAAGUCCUCCUGACAUUAAUGACUGAGGUAGAAAACAUGGUCAACAGUCGUCCCUUGACGCACGUCUCCGUCGAAGCUGCCAGCGAAGAGUCCUUGACACCAAACCAUCUCCUCUUGGGCAGCUCUUCCAACUUACCUGUCCACGGAGCAUUCGAUGACUCAGACCUGUACCUGCGAAAACAAUGGCGAAAAGGUCAAAGAUUAGCCGACAUGUUCUGGCAACGUUGGGUUCGCGAAGUCUUGCCUGAUAUGUUGCCACGUAAAAAGUGGAACCAAGAGCAGUCGUCCUUACAGGUGGGAGAUUUAGUUUUCAUUGCCGACUCCGAUGCACCCCGCAACGUGUGGCCGAGAGGCGUCAUCGAAAAGGUAUUUCCAGGCAGGGACGGCCGGGUAAGGUUGGUAGCGGUUAGGACCAGGUCUGGGCUGCUGAAGCGUUCUGCGGCGCGCGUCGCUAGGAUUCCUUUGUCGAAUGAGUGCUGUGCCAGCACUGGGGUGGGGCGUGUUAGCGACGAGCUCACCAAGUAG